AUGUUAGGAGAGGAUCUGAGUAUGCACGCACUGAAGAGUUUCAUGAUGAAGGCAUGGAACUUCAUCCAAUUACCAGAUCUCUUCUACCAUGAUGAUGGAUAUUUUAUCCUUCGUUUCAAGACACAUGAUGAUAUGGAUGCAGUGCUUAUGCGAGGUCCAUAUACUAUUCGCAACAUUCCGAUGUUGUUGAGAGAAUGGAGGCCUGAUUUCAACCUCAAGACGGACCUACUUCGCACUCUCCCUAUAUGGAUCAAAUUACCACAACUGCCACUGCAUCUAUGGGGAGCAACAAGCUUGAACAAGAUAGGUAGCGCUAUUGGUAUACCAUUGGUUACUGAUGAGUGUACUACUCACAAGUUGAGAGUGUCAUAUGCUAGAAUUCUGGUCGAAAUUGAUAUCACACAGAAGCUGCUUGAUGAAAUUACCAUCACUGAUAAUGAAGGUAGAAAAAGAAAGCAGGCUAUUGAGUAUGAGUGGCGACCUAAAUUCUGUGAGCGAUGCCAGAAGAUAGGACACCAAUGUGAUACAAAUAUACAACAAAAGGUCUGGCAACCAAAGAAGAAAAAGAGUGAAGCUGACAUGCCAGGACAAAAACAACCAGAGAUUACACGACCAGUGACAAGUGACAAACCAGCUGAACAUGAUAAUUCAAAGAAACAAGAGGAAGAUGAAGGGCUAUGGACACCUGUGAGUAAAGCAGCUAGAGAUAGAGGUAAGGUCAUUCAAACUACUAUUGCUGAUAGUGUUCAGAGUGUUAAUGGUUUUGGAGCUUUGGAAGCUUUGAAUGGCUCCCAAAAUCCUUUUGAUAGAGGCCCAUGUUAG